UUCCUUCUUUUUUUUUCGCGAGCAGUCGUGUCCAAAAUGGCGUGCGUGUUGUGAGCGAUGUUAUCGUGCAGGUAGCCCCCUGCUUUUAAUAUUUGGAGAGAUCUCUGUGAACAAGGAGGACAGGAUGUAAUCACAGCAAAAUAAUAGCAAAACAAUGUACAAUGAACUACAGUGGAAGUAUGCCAGAUUGGCAUCAAUAUAAUCCUCCACAGUCAGGAAUAAACGACGUAACAUCGACCGCUCAAAAUGUCAAUUCGGGACACCUAUCGUUUAUCUCCAGUAUUACCAAUCCGACCUGCCCGACGCAGUUGAACGGUCUGAAUCUCAGCUCGGAGGGACUUGAGAAACACCAGAACGAUCCCAACUUCAAUCCGAGGCACUUUCAGCCGCAUCUGUCGAGCAACAUCUCGCACGGCCACAAUGCCGCCGACAACAACCCCCUGGCGUCGAUGGUGCAAAUGCAGAAUUGCAUUGGCCACUAUGGGCCUUCGAAUACAAGAAAUCCCAUGGCGGACAAUCUGAAUGGUCCUAUGGACCCGAGGAAUGCCGCGAUAGGCGGUAUAAACGAGGAGCUAGGCUAUAGAAAUAAUCAGGUGCCUUUAAACGGGCCUAUCUCGCAUCUAAAUGGACCAAACGUGAUGAAUAUGAAUGCGCCGCACGCGUCGAUAGGGUCACGAAACACCAACGUGAAUUCGCACGCCGCUAACAGGACGGGCCCUCCGCCGUCCUUCGUCCCCUGUAAGGGAUUGUGCUGCAAUCCGGAUCCCAACAUGAGCUAUCAGCAGUGGGAGAAGUACUGCUCUUAUCAGAACAACGCGUCUUACAGGGAGAACAUUCGCUCGUCCGCCGGAUAUCAAGCGGACGCUCGACGAUUCGGAAACGAGUACAAUUUCAGGAAGGACAAUUUUGAUGGCAAGGAGAUUAUGUCGCCUAUGGCGCCGCCGCCUAACGGACCUAACGCAGAUCCUCACCGGAGGAACUUCCCUGAUUUCAAGUAUCGCAAGGACCGCAUGGUCUCCCGCAGCUAUCCGUCAUCCUCGGGCAUGGUACAGAACUACCCCAUGCAAAACUACAAUUACACGGGAGAGUACCAGAAGUAUCCUUACAACGUAAAAGAGUAUUCCAAGAUGAGCGGCAUGAACGUAGCGAAUCAGGGGAUGGUUAAGCAUCCGGAGCAGGGAUUUACGAUGCCACAGCAGAAAUAUAACAAGCAGGUGCCGUAUCAGACCGGCGGCGCCAUGAUGCCGACCAGCAUGCCGUCCACGAAUGUUCCGAACCCGAGUAUGAUGCCAUCCACGCAGAAUACUUACUUCAAUUCACAGUACCCGAGGAAUUUGAAGACAGACGGUACGCAUGACUGUCAGGAGGCCGCCGACAACGGGUCUAUGGCGAACAGAAUGCAAACGAAUGCCACGACUAUGCAUACUCCCUCCCAUUCGCGGUAUCAGGUAUUUCACCAGCAACUAGCGAUGCAGAGAUUCGCGGCGGAGAAUAAUCUCAGGGAGCUGGCGAGGACCAUACCCGGGUACCAGUCGCAUCCCAAGUAUAAGGAAUGUGUUCAUAGAUAUAAAGAUCUAUUGAAAUUACAACAGCAGGCUAUCACAUAUCAGGGACAGAUGCAGCAGACUCCGUGCGUCGCCGCGUCGACCGUCAAUACCUCUGCUAUCCCGCAGGUAAAUUUUCAAUUCGAUCAGAAUGGCGUUUUAAUCAAUGCCAACUACGCGCCCGAAACUUAUCCUAGAGUGCAACAAGCUGUGAAUUCUCAGGCGCCAAUGGGCAGUCCGGUGGACAAGCUGGGCAAGCAGGACGGUAAUAGCGUCCCCGAAAUGGCGAAUCGCAACGUCCAGAAGCCGGAACAAAUGGUAUCGCAACAACAUGACGGUCACGCGACCGUUUUGUGCGCUGAAAGUAUGCAGAAGCAAGACCGAUAUCCCGCGCAAAAGAGUCUCGAUCAGAAUCAGUUUGAAGUCCAGAAAGGAAGCGAGCGUUUCGACAAUCUGGCUGCGAACGCGAGCAACACGGUUGUACAGCAGAAAAUGUCUAAAGAGUUCGCCGACAAGCCGGAGCUCGACGUACGGCAGUUUCUCGCCAACUGGGAUGAAUCGGAGGACGAGGACGGCGCGGGUACCAGUUUGUCGAGCGCCAUUCUAAACGAGUCGACACCGGUGGUAAUUGUGGGUUACGAGAAUGUCGAUUUCUCGACGAAGACGUUGGAGGGCUUGAAGGUCUCGAAACCGGAGGAGAUCACCCCGAACGUGAUAACGUUUGAGAAUCAGGAGAAGAGCGAUAGCGGCGUGGUGCCGGCGCAGGACUGCCUGACGAUAUCCUACUCGUCCGCGGAGAACGUCGAGAUCGCGAAGGACCUGACGUGCAACGACAUCGCAAAGAAAGCUAUUGUACAGCCGGGAAGCCAUAUCAUACAGUGCAUAAGCAACGGGCCUGACGAGGUACCAACGAUACACAUAGUCGACAAUUUAGAAAUAGGUAGUAUUCUGCAGGUCACCAACGGUCAGGUCACCGAUACUCUGGAGAGGCAAGACGCGGUGUCGUUCUUCCAAGAGGGAACGGAAGUCGAGGUGGCCGCGAUAACUCUUGAGGCAGACAAAAUCAAGAAGAUCGACACCAGCAGCACGACCGAGCCGACCACGACCGAGUACAACGCCGAUCUCGGGAACCUGAGCAAGGAGACAUACGUCGUCGAAGGUCCCUCGCCGCUUAAAACGGUGGUGAGUACGUCGCAAACGUCGCGGGUAAGUGACCAGGCGCUCGCUGUCCUGCCUACAUCCGCGAAGGACUCCGCCCGAGAUACGAAUUUGAAGAAGCAGAACAGUUUCGCGAGCGAGGAAUCUCAUAAUCCGGACGAUAUAAGCCUGCCGGACCUCGCUACGUCUGAAUGCACCCCGAUCUCCACCACGCUGAACACGCCGAUCCAUUCCGACAACGAGGAGUCGUCGGAGCGCGUCGAGGAUCUCACGAUAUCAACAAAUCCGAUCGAGAUUAUACCGAACAGUCCCAUGAUCAGUUUUACACAAUCGCCGACGAAGGGAGAGCCCUACGAUCACCUAGACGGCGAGGGGACCGCCAAGAAUAAAUCAGCCGAUUCAUUAGCAGGUGAAUAUCAAACGGAGAAUCGCUUCAAAAACAAGGGCGACGAUAACAAUAUGCUCGCUCACGAUGCUAUUCUUAACACAUUUGAAUUUUCCACGAAUACUGAUAAGGAUGAACCUGUAACGUCUAUGAAAAGCGGUAAGGAAAAAAAUCGCACGACUCAGAACGGAACUUCCGCUUCGGCAAACAGCAGCGAGAAGGUAUUCGCGCUCGGCAACGAAACGGAAACUGUGGAGGCCACUAGCAUGCGCAUGACUCUGACCUCCGGCGAGUAUGAAUUAAAGAUCGUGUCAACGGGAGCGUCGAAUAAAUCGGUGCAGGCUUAUAAAAAUUUAACGAGCGAGCGUAGCACUAAUGAAUCUCAAGCGGCAAACUCGGAUGCUCUGACGAAAAAAUCACAGGCAGAAACGAAUACGGAAGUCGCGCCAUGGUACAAUGACUCGACGAAAGCGAAUAACGCGUCGCAAAAUGUCACAAGCAAUUCCGACCCUGUUAAUUUUGAUGGCGGUCAGGAUGACGUUAAUUAUUCCAGCAGGAGACGCAUAUCGACUGAAAUGACCCGUCAAACGGCGACAGCGACGACAAUGAGUAGGCGAAGUUUAUCGCCGACGAACGACACCGUUCCGAGGAGCUCCAGGGCGGAAGAUAGCUGUACGACACAGAUUAUUAAAAGUAAUUUAUCUACAUCACACAGCGCGAAACAUUCACAUAGAGAUAAGUCGAGAAGACCCGAGGCAUCAUUCGCGAAAGAGGAUUCUCCCUCGGAGAAGAGCGCUAGUAGAUCAACGAGAAUCGAUGCGAAGGACUCGAGGAGUUCUUGGCACGCGAAUCGCAAGAAGUCGAUCUCGAACGACCAGGCAAUUUCUCAUAAAAAGAUAUGCUUAUCGGAGAAUACGACGGCGAAGGAAAGAUGCGGCGAAACCAUCGUACAUCACAAUAAACAUACUCAAGAGGCGGCUACGCAUAAGGAUAAAUCCUGUACUGUCGAAAAAGGAUCCAAUAAAUCGCAUAAUAAACCGAGAGUAAUCGAGAACAUUAGCAUCGCUGAUAGCGGAGAAAGGAUGCGGCUUCUAAAGGAAUAUAGAAGAAUAAAGUAUAAGUCACUUGGCGUUGGAGAGGUCCAUGAUAAGAGUAAGGAUACGCAGGAGUCCUCGGAUUAUGCAGCGAGCAAGAAAUGUCAUCGUUCGUCGAAUCCUGACGAGCGAUCCGCGUCGCAGUCACCGUGCGAUAAUCAACUAUGUCAGAAGGACGUGGCGAGAUCCAAAUCGUCUGAGGAACAGGAAGAAAAGCGCGCGAACAUGUUGAAGACGUUUGUAACCAAGAAUAUGAACCCCGACUUUGCCAUUCAAGUUACGAACGUGAAUUUGAAGCUCAAGGAUGACGAUCACCAGAAAAGAUUGCAGCAUUUAAGAGAAGAGGCGAAGAGCGGCGGUUCUCUUGACGCGAUCAAGAUUGAGAUAAACGUGUCGUGCACGGAACGGAACACGACGGAGAAAUUGCUGCACGAGAAUAUCAAGAAUGCCGUCGCUGAAACGAUCGGUCAUUUGACUAACUCGAUCUCGAAUGGAGCCCGAUCGAACUCGACGAGUAUAACGGAGAUUCAGUGCGACAAGAAGAUGGUCUGCGAUAAAGCGGAUCGCCGGGAUUACGAGAAGUGCAAUCGAUCGCCGUCCACUGUAACGGAAGCAUCUGCAUUUAAUGAAGCUCACGAGAAUCACAACAAUACGGAAAUGAAGCUCAAGGAGGACACGAACAGCGAGACGGUUGUUUCGAAGAAGAGGCGAAGCUCGAUGUCGGAACAAGAAUUGAUCGAUGACGCAUACAAAGAUAACGGUACGUUUUCAAAUACCUGUACAGAACCACCUGGUUGCGAUAUGAUCUUACGAGAUAAUACCGAUCUUUCGAAUAAUGUUAAUACCGAAUCUGAACCAGCAUCGAGCGCCUUGAAAACUUCAAGAUCGGAGCACGCAACGGUCAGAAGGAAGAGUCAAGAGGCAGAAAGGAAGGUCGCUGUUAGCAACUUUUGCAAUGAAGAAUCGAAAGCCUCUUCGGAUAAUUCACCAUACUUAGGAUCGAGGAAUGUCAACGUACAGAAGAAAGAGCACCAAGAAACGACCGUCGCUUCUUCAUGCAGAAGUGGAAGAAAUUUUCAAGAUGAUGCUACGUCUAAAUUAAACGCGGUUCCGUCGACUUCUUCAGGUACGGUCGAGCCCAGCUUGGAAGGUACUAAUUACGAUAAUCCUGUGCAUUUUGAUUACAAUCACUUUGACGUUGCUCCGAACGAAAGUACAGAGGCCGGCGACAGGCGUGCGGACAGAUGGAAAAGACCAAAGAGGGAUGACGGUAGAUUCGGCAACCUCGACCUGUACGAGAGCACCAGCGGUUACGUGAAUCCGACCUUCUCCAGCACGGACGAGUUGGAGAACCUAAAUACAGUUCCUGUGUACACCACCAAAGACGGAAAGAUAACUUACAGUCCUAAUCCUCGAUUCACGUAUCGCGAGUUGAUUAUGGAGGCUCGCGUAAAGGACGGUUACGGUAACUCCCGCGAGCAGUAUUUUGCGAGAUCUCCGUCGUACGAUUAUUACAAUUGUUCCAAGUUACGGAAGAUAUUCAAAAGAAAUCGCGACGUCACUGUCGCCGGUAGGAAGAGGGAGGUCGAUCCUGUCGACGCCAAGCCUGCGACAAAACACGUUGAUUAUAUGUCAAGUAAGAAUGCUCACAAAAACGUUAAUUGCGCGAAAGCUCGAAGUACGUCGCAUUUAGAAUUCUUCAACGAUGACGCGGACAAGUUGUACGCGAACAAGAGCGGUCAGGAGAGCAAGGAAACUAACAAGAAGAAUAUCGUGGAUUUGGAUUUCCUCGAGAAGCAGUACAAUCUAGACAGCCAACCUGCGUCCAGUGUUAAAUCUUGUAAGACGAAAGUAUUUGCGGACAAUCUCGAGUACGAGAAAGGGUAUGGCGAAAGCUCUGUAUUUGAAUCGAAUUUAUUUCUGGAACCAAGAGCCGCAUGUUGGGAAGAGACGAUGGAGUCAAUUAAGUCGUAUUCUUCCCACAUCGACAGGAGGAACAGCGAUAAUAUUAAAGACUUAAAUUUCAGCGAGAUAUUUGUCGCGCAGAAACGGCUGGAUCCCUUCCCGUUUCUGCCCGCAGAGCAAGAUUCUUCCGACAACGGCAAUCGUAAGGUGGAUUGUGACGUGAAUGAGCCAACAUUACAUCACACAACGUGCAAUUACAUUGAGGAUCUACGUUCAAUUCGGGAUGAUGAUUUGCAGUGUGAACAAUCGGACGCGGUUUUAUGUAAUGAGCAAGAAAGUGGAUGUAAUAAUCAAAACGAUGCGUCAGCAGAUAAACCAGUUAGCGAUAAACCAGCAAGCACGCUUAAUUUAUCGUCGAGUACGCAGAGUAACGAUGAGCAUACAGAAAAGCAAGAAUCUCAGUUUGAUAAAGACGAAUCUGACCCGAUUGAACUCGCUGAAAAAGCGCAAUCGUAUUCUUUUAAAAUAACAGAUGAAAAAAUUCACGAUCCAGAAGAUGACCGUUGUUCUACGAAUUAUGUUGAAGACAAGGAAGCCUUAACGGAACAUAUAGUAGAAGAUUUGCAUCCUCGUUGCGUCUCUCCAAAAGAAGAUAAAUUCGAUGUUGAAGUUGCAAAUACGAAAGAAAGCUCGGAUGAAAAUUCUACCAAAGUCGUAAAUUCGUCUAAAUUAAACGUUGAAUCUAAGGACUCGCUUGAUGAACCAAAAGACACAGAAACUGUGAAAGAAUCCGCGCUUACUUCGAAUGAACGAGAUGAUGAAAUCGAUGAUUCGGCGAGAGAUGAUUCAGACUCUGCCGUGAAUCGGGAAACUGUAUCUCAACAAGUUUUAUCACCCUCGAUCAUUCGCGAAGAUAAAGAAGAAACUGCGCCUGCAACGGAAUCGAAUGUUUUGACCGAGAUUAAUUUCGAUCAGAUAGAUGAACAAGACACUCGUGACAAAGGAGAUUCUGCGGUAUCUAAAAAAGACGAACCGAUUGCCUCGCAAAAUCCAUCUGAUGUCGCAUUCGUAGAACGAACCCUCGACGAAGAAGGCAACGAGCAGCAAUUGGAAAAGCCGGAGAACGACGGACAAAAAGCUGAAGUUUCAUUGAAGGAUCAAGGAAACGAUGAAGUCGACACUUGUUGCUCUACGGCAAUAUCUACACCAGCCACUGCUUUGAAUCUACGAGCGGAAGAGAACGUAUGCGAUUUAUUCGCAUGCGAGAGGCGCGAGCAAAAUAUAUCGGAGUUCACCGUUAUCAAGAGCAUUAUUAAAGGCGACAAGCAGCAGUGUGAACAACCUGAGGCGAGUGAGAAUCCCAAUUGCGACAGCAUAAUCAAUUCCAAGUUACUAUGCAUGGAUUCUUCCGAUUGCGGAAUUUAUGCGGAGGACAGAUGCACGCUGACGCAAAUGGCCGAGCACGAUUUCACGGAGGAAGACAGCAUGGUGCCGAUGGUGUGGGAGACGAGCCAGAUCCAGGAAGACGCCGUCAAUCGUUUGUGUAGCAUCGACGAGUCGAUCGAUUUUACAGGCGCGGUUAAUUCGCUCCAGGAUAAUUCAAUUUUAGAUCAUUUGUCCCUGUCGAGGAUGUCAGCUACCAAGGAGCCUCGAGUCGCGGAGGUAAUAACUGAAAUUGAAAGCAAGGCGAUCGACGAGACCGUGCCAAUGGUCGAGUCGGCUGCAGCGAUCGAGGAAUCUGAAGCAACGCCGAAUAACGACGAAAACAAGGAGCAGAAUGAAAUUUCUUCCAGCAGCUGUGAGAAGAUAGCAUACUUGCGCGCGGUAGAUUGCAACGCUAACACAAAGAUGGUCCCUAAACUCGUCAUCAAGAAAAGCGAGACUAGCUCGAAGUUUGUUACGCAGGUGGGUUCCUCUUCCGUUACACAGGAUGACAUAGCUAACAAAUCGGUCUGCCAACCGAAGAUACCAAAGAUGAUCAUCAGAAACGCGAGAUCUCGUCCAGGGACUCCGUCUAUUGCAGCGGUUUGCGAAGGAACUCCUGCUCAAGCAAAUAUCUUGGAUCGGGCUUCACUCACGAACGAGGAUUUAUGCGAGAGCAAUUCCGAAAGUUUUUUGCAGGAGUCCAAUAGGAAUAAGAUUCCCAAGAUGAAGAUUAAAUUGGAUGAGAAGCACUCUAAUAAAAUAGUGAGAGCCGACGAUGCCGACGAGGUUUGCGUUAAACGCAAGAACGUUAAGAAAAUCACCAUAUCAAAGGUAAAAAUAAAGAGUACCUCGAGAUCCGAUCUCGCAGAUAAUUCGGUUUACAACAGUAUGACUUUUCAGGAGCCGAGAGAUUCGGGAAAGUACGAGGAAAAGAUACCUAUACUGAAAUUGAGGAAACAGGAAAGGAACAGGUCGUCAUCUCCAGAAGUGACACGGAAGAGACAGAGCUCGAGCCAUUCGGAAGUGCCGGUCAAGAAGUACAGAAGAUCGGGACGCGAUGAGACAGAACAUUCUACGAGACGCAGUAAUUCCUCCGAUUCAAUGCGAACGAAUGCGAUGGAAUGCGAAACGAAGAAGAAUUCCUUGCGCAUCUCCGAGAAGAUUCCCAAGGUAAUUAUCAAGAGAACGUCGGCCAGCGCGGAAUUCAAAUGCGAGCUGAGCAAGGGCUGCAAGAACGUCAUCGCCAAGAGUGCGAAAUGGCAACCGGAGGUCAAGUUGGAAAGGUACCGUAUCUUGGACAGCAUGGUGAAGGAUUUGAAGUUAACUUUGACCUCCGUUACGUUACGAGCUAUCGACAAAAUCUCCGCAAGUCGCAAGGAUAGCCAUCGUCAAGGAAAGCAAGGUGACUAUAAUUUGCCCAGGUCGAAUUCAACGUCCGACCUACUUCCGGCUAAGUAUAAGCAGAGGAGAAUGUCAGAUUACGACUGUAGAAGAUUCAGUGACAUGUCGAGGAUUGAUGUAAAUUUUGCUCCAUCCCCAGAUACGGAUUCUAGGGAUACCAAGACCUGCACCACGCCGAAGAAGAGUGCGUCGUUCAAGGGUUACAAGUCAACCAACGAUAAGGACAAUAAACGUAGAUCAAGAUCUCGUGACAAUAAUUCACGAUCGAAGACGGACGUUACUUCGCCCGAUAAAGAUAUCAAUCAGUCAUCUGAAAAAGCUAACUCACAGAAAACUACCUCUCAAUGCGAUAAGUACAAGACUGAUAGUUUUGAUAUCAAUUGCGAACAGGCGGUGGAUGCGAACGAAGAUACGAUUUUAGAUAAGCUUGACCAGAAGAAUACUCUCAAACACCCAAGCAGCUCGAACUUUAAGCUCGCAUUAAAAGAGUUGAAGGCAACAUCGAAGAUAGAAACCUGUUUCGCAAAAUUAACCGGUCCGAGCGAAACAUCGUCCGAAGAACAUAAUUUACAAAUUGGAGUAGAGGGCAAGGAGCAGAGGAAGGAGCGAGAUGAUGAUUCUUUCUUCAGCAAGAACGCCAGCGAAAUUAUGAUAAAGAAGGAACGUUUGAGCUCCAGCGAUAUGGACAACGAUUGCACUCCUCUGCAGGACAUCGAUCUGCUUAAGGACGACUCCGCGAGUAUGUUGGAUAAUUUCGAGGUGGAUAACAGCACUGUCAUUAAAGUCGAGUCUUCGGACGAUAGCCAGUCGACCAUAGAGAUAUUACCUGCUUCGCCAGACGAUAAUCAUAGCGAGCUGGAAAGGCAUAUGAUCGAGAAUGGCGACACCGAGCAAUUGUAUUCGGCGGACGCAAUUCCAACUCAGUUCGAACUGGAGUUAGAGAUCACGGACAACAGCAAUACAGAUCUUUUGGAUGUAUCUAUGCCGAAACUUGAUCCUGUCAUCUGUUACAGUUCGCGUCAUGCAUCUGAAGAGGCGAGCGAUCAAACUGCGAAGUUGGAACGUUAUAACAAAUCCGAGGCUUCCCCUGGCGGCAAGAAUUCGCUUGGGAAAGAUAAACGUGUCGUGGAGAUCGAUAUUAGCGGCGAUGACAGAUCUGCAUUGGAGAACAGCGCGGCUGGCUCUGUCGGAGAGGUCUCUUCGAAAACUCCGUGUUGCAAGGCAACGAGUUUCGCUGCGACGAGGGAGAAUUUCUGCUGCAAUGACUCCUUGAUAAAAGAAGUUUUGGCGGCCAAGGAGACCCUGAAGAAGUGCCUUUCGAAAUCCAGAUACGACGUGCCGAACAGCGCGAACGGUAACGCGAGACCAAAGACAGCCGCGGAGAAAAAGCAGGGCUCGAGUUUCGAUAUCAACAACUUCCCGGACGUGCCUUCGAAUGACGCUUCUCAAGACCGUCAUAACGACAUUGGGCCUCAUAAGGGCUGUACACCCACGGAAAAUAAACACAACAAGACUGAGAAUAUACCUAAUGCCGAGAAGUCUGAUAGAAAACAUUCCAAGCAAAGCAAAAGUUCUUUCCUGAAGAAGAAACCAAAAUCACCUGAGAAAAACGAAGCAGAUUCCAAGAAGACGGUAACAACGGACACGCCCGAAUGCAAUACAAUAUCCUUGAAGACAUUUAAACAGGCUGUGUCGGACGAGAGCCUAGUAGCUUGUACCGUACACUUAAAUGCGAAAAGAAAGAAUCCGACAGGUCGAAACGACGAUGAUCCCCAUCAAGAUGCACAGCGGAAAGAAAAGAAUCGGACGUCGUCCAAAAAUUCCAAGAUAUCGAGAUCCACCGAUCAGGGGAAUAACACGAGCAACGCAAAAGAAAUUAUCAUACCCAAGGAAGACAACAUGCCGAUAUUAGAGCCCGAGGGUAACGUAAAUUUCGAUACGAAUUCAGACAGAGAGACUUCCAGAUCGCCGCCGGUCAUUACGAUUCAGGAUAGCGAAGAUCUCGAUACAGCGGAGUCCAAGCUGUUGGACGACAAAGUCAUAACGUCGAGCAUUAAAGUUGAGAGCAAUACAAAGGACGUUCACAAGAAGAGCGAGAUGUCCAUUGUCGAGCUCAUAACUCAAUUAGUUUACCAUGAAAAGGCGACGAUAAAACACAGACGAUAUUGCAACCUGUGCGAAAGGUGGUUCCCUACAACAUCGCGGCAUCGACGGCACUUGGCUGGAUACCAACACCGUCACAUAGAACUGACACAACGUAGAAGCAUUCACGCACUGUUCACGCUCUUUACAGGCAACCCUUGCCCCAGACUAGUACCGGCGAAUGUUGUACGAAGUGAUUGUUCCGUAGGUGAAUUAACGCCAUUACAAAUUGCGGUACAGGAUGUCACAAAGUGCCUCGACCGCACACAGCAAAGUCCUAGGAAAGAAAACGACGUUGAUAAAUAAUCGCGAGUAAGUUAUUUGGAUUAUACAAGCAUAUAUAUAUAGUUACUGUGAUUAUAACGGCUUAUAGUGCAAUCUUCUACAAACGUUAUAAUGAAAGAUGAUACGAAUAUUUUAUAUCGCGGCUGGAUCGCAAACGACCCAGCUGCCACUGUUAAUGGCGUCAGCAUCGAAAUUUUAACUUCUAAAUAACGAACGCUUUGAAAGAUUUGCUGAUUUUAGCUAAGUCAACCGAUGUGGGUCAUCAUUAACAAAGAGUUACCCAAGGUACACUUCUAGCUCGCAAUUAGAUGUUUUAGCCAAAGAUUUUAACAAAACUAUAUAAUACACGUUCGAUUGUUUACAAUUUUCAAAAGAGACUUCGGUCUUUUAUUUGUACAAAGUUUUACGAGUGAUAUUCAACCGCUGAAUGUGCUCACACUGCGAAUUUUUAUUUAUAUUAUGGAGAGACUUAUAUAUAAAACACGUAGAUAUAUAUAUAUACAUAUAUAUAUACACGCGUACAUAUGGAUAUAAUUCGUCAUUCCAGUUUGCAAAAAUAUGUACACUGGCAACAUUAUGUUAGUAAGAGAUGUAUACGGUUAAAAUUAUGUUAAAAAAAAUACGUUUUAUGGUACAAUUACGUCUCUGCUAACAGCGAUAGAUAAUGUGCAAGGAGAAAAAUGAAACAUUCCUAUAUUAUACAUAUAGAUAUAUAUGAAAGAAUCUGAGCUAUGGGAUAUUAAAAUAAUUUAUCUUGCAUAAUGAAAAAUUUACUUAAUAACACUGUUUGCAAUUUCUACAUGUCGAUUUGUCGAUAUAUUCUCACUGUGCGUUGGUGUUAAACGCACUCGAAAUGGCCUAACAUUUUACUUUGUUGUUUGUUUCCAAGUUGUUAUCAUUGUUGAUGAAAUUUUCUUUGUAAUAAUUUAUUUGAAUGUUAUUUUAUUUAUAUAUUUUAUCGAUGUUAUUUUAAAAGUAAUGAUAUUAAAUCGUGUAUCGUAAAAUACGAAGACAAAAAGUAUACAUGCGCGCGUGUGUAUAUACUUUCUUCGUAAAAGAAAAACCUUUAUUAUGACAGUAUUGUCAUUACUAAAUUUAUUAAAACAUUUUACGUAACAGUUUACGUAGAACAAACAAUGUCUCAUAGCUCAUAUUAUAGUUAAUAAUGCAAAAGCUGUGGUAAGCGUUAGAAAAGAUUGUGGAGAGGAUCUGCAUCCAAGCGUUAUUAGAUAUUGAUGAAUACCUAUAUUGCCAUAACACACAGAAGAUCUAUUGAAGCAAAACUCGUGAUAUUAAUAUUAGACAAAUUUUUAAAGUGAGCAAGAUUUAAGGCCAAUCUCAUUAUACGACAUAAUUUCUCCGUGCAAUACGAGCUAAAUUAAAAACAUACACGUUAUAUCUCAUAAUGUGCGCGGUGUUCAAGCACUGGAUAGUGUUGCUCCGCAAUAUGUAUCAACCCUAAAGUCUCUGUUAACACAGGUUUUAUUACAGUGAUAGUUUCAUCCUCCCUUUUCACCUGUUUCGCACUUGAUUUUUAAACUAUUUAAAGUGUAUUUACUAUAAGAAUGUCGAUCGCGACAGUAAACGAUGCAGUCGAGAAGGUUUGCGUUGUACAAUUUUAAUUGAAGUGUGAAAAAGUGUGUCAAGGGUGAAACAAUUCCUUAAAGCGCUAGUUCCUGGCUUUAGACGGAGUUUUAAUAAUAUUACUUGUUAAGAGGCUACAAUGAAAUGUUAUAUUAAUACAGGGUCGAUUGAUUGUAUUCGGCGAUCGUUUAACGAUAUUUCCUAAUUUAUCUUACGAGGUUUAACACAGAGAGUGAAAGCGUUUUCAUCAAUUCUAGUUCUGGACCAAUUUAACUAAAUACAGUAGUUAGGUGUGUACGUUUAUGAAUUGUUAUUGAAGUUAGAGACUCUUUGUUUUUCUUUAUUUGUUCCAAAUGUUUUUAGAUUUUAUUCGCACGAGUGCCUUAAGAUACACCUAACAGUAUUUGUUGUAUCGUGUUAUAUAUAUUAUAUAAAAAAAUAUAUAUAUAAAGAUCUAUACAUAUAUAUACAUAUAUAUAAUAAGUAAAUCUAUAUAUAUAUUUGUAGAUUCUUGAUCUACAGAACAUGUUUAUACACAUGUACAUAAUUUUGCCUUAGUUAUCGGAGCACACGCAUUGUCAACUAUAUAAUUUUUAAAUAUGUAUUGAGAGAUUGGGAUGAAAUAUUUUAACGAGUCGCUACUCUUGAUUGAGAAAUCAGAAUUUUUUACAGGAAACGUACAAAAUGUACUAAAGUUUAUUGUUGCUAUUGAAACAAGAUACAUCGCCACAAGCACACACACCGUGUAAUACAGGUUCAAAACCAAAAUGUUCAACGUUGUCAUACUGCCUGAUAUAAAAGUUGAUAAUUUUUUGCAUAAUCAGUACAGUAAUUUGAUACCACAUUGGUUGUUGGUAUUGCACUGAUGAAACGCAUGAUCACUACAGAUACAAUAAUUUAUACCGUUACAGUAAUAUACAGAACAAAAUAUUCAGAAAAUUAUAUAUAAUAUAAAUUAUUAAUAGCGACGACAGAUUGUUAAUUUUUGAUAAAUCUGCGAAUGUAAUGAUUACAAAGGUUCGUAUCGAAAAGAUUCAUAUAUAAAAUGUGUGUACAACAUGCAUUUCAAAUGAUAUCAAGUGAACUUAAAAAGCGUCGAUAGAAUAAUAUAAUGAAAGUAUAUAAAAGAGCGUCCUAUAGAGAUACAAUAAUUAUUAAAAUAUGAAAUUUGAUAUAAUGAAUCGUUGUGAAAUAAUUUUGAUUUUUUUUAUGUAUAAGAUAGUUACAUGAAUAUCUUUGACAAUUAAUUCUCGAUGAAUACUGUUAUUAUUUGUUAUGCAAAACUCAUUAUCACAGUUUUGAAACUAAUCAGUUUUCGAAUAUAUCUUCGUAGUACAAAACAUCAAAUAUAACAAAACGUAUAUUAAUGUUACUACAUUGCAGUAAUCAAAUCUAUAAAUAUUUUUAGAUUUAAAGAAAUAGAAUAUGAAUAUUUUAUAAAGUGUUAAUUCUCACAAUGAUAUAUAAUAUAUAUACAAUACAUAUUAUUAGAUAUUACGUGAAUAUAUACAAUAAUAUAUACAAGUUCCGCUGCGUUAUGGUUUAACUAAAUCAUAAAACUGCUGCUGUGUUUAGUUUGUAUAUUAUUAAUUAUAUUGGAAGAUAUAUAUGUACAAAAAAGUUACCGUGCUCCUGUAACUAAGGCUUGUUGUGUACGUAUAUCAUUUUUGUGUGCUCGAUGUGCCUAAAAUUUUAAAAUGUUAUAUGCAUCACAUGUCCACAAAACAUACAUAUAAAAAUAUAUAUAUAUACAUACAUAUAUAUAUAUAUUGGAAUUGAUGUACAUGGAAUAUUUUAUGAAUUUAUACAUCACUUGUACAUUGCGUAAGAAAAGUUCCUCGAACUAUGUAUAAAUAUCAAUAUUGUACAUUAAAUCCGUACAUUGAUACGAUUAAGCAUGUAUUCCUUUUAAAGGAAAUUGACAAAUUGAAGAACUCUUUUAAAUGCCUCAUUCAUUAAGUCACUCGUAUAGUUUUAUGCCCUAGCGUUUGCGAAGAAAGAGUGAGCUGUAAUAAUGCAUCGUACAUGGGCAUUACUGAUCGUCUACGGAAUUUCCGAUUUAUGCAUAAUUAUUACGUGGCGUCGUAAAGCGAGAAUGAAUUCCUGUAUGAACUUAACAAAAUGAGAAAUGUUAAUCGUUCAUCCGAAGAUCGACUAAAUUUGCCGUGCGUUAAGAACUACCGAAUUUUAAAGAAUUGAAUGACGAGUAGCAGUAGAUCGGUUUUCUGACUUCCACUAAUGUAAAUCUGUAUAAGCUCAUGCAGGAGUGUGUUUCCGAAUAUUGAGGAAUCUUCGUUAGCUAAUUUGUGUAUAUGACAUAUCUUAAUAUAUUGACAGUACAGAUCGCGAAUUACUUGUACUGGAUUAUUUUACCGAAACGUGUAUGUAUCUGUUUAUUAUAUAUUUAUUGCCUUGCAUUAAUUAUAAAUGUGUGCAUAGCGCUCGAAUGAAUUAGCUUUCUGAGACACAUGUUUGCUCUUAAAGUAAAUUUUGAAAUUUAUGUACAUAUAUAUAUCGUUAGGAAAUUUAUUCACGCAAAAUCUAAAAUUGAAAUGUAAAUAUUAAAUAGUUUCUCUUUCGUCUCGAAUCUUAAACGUAAACGUUUUGCGUGUUGCAUACAGUUUCUUAAUUUAUUCUGGUAACUUUUUAUGAAGAAUAAAAACUGCAUUUCAUAUUUAAUAUGGAAAUUGAUUGAACUCGAUGUGUGUUCUUUACAAACAUGUGUGUGCGCAUUAAACACUAAUUCUUAAAUCUCCACUAUGCAAAAAGUUCUUUAUACGAGCCUAAUGAAAUCUUAUUAAAUAAAAUUUGUAGUUAUUCUGUAGUAUUUCUCGUCUAUGACAUGAUUUCUAAUGUUAUCUCAUAUCAAAAGGUAAUUCACACGUUGGAAAGGGAUUUAUAUCACGUGACGAAUCACGACGCAUGCAUCAUUAUAAUUCUGAGGUUCUGGGAUAAAUAAUUAAGUGACACCGUGUUCGUUGAAAGUGACGUUUUUGAUUAAUAUCGAUUUUCGAUGCGUAAUAUUAUUCCUGCGACCUUCUGCGUGCAACAUAUCGCUUUGCGCAUCGUGUGUGAGAACUCGUACCUUUUAACGAUUUUAUUGGAAAAUGGCGCACGACAUAAGACUUAACAGAAAUCACCAUUCCUGCCUGGAGGGAUUGUCAACGGAAUUGCAAUUGCGAGAAUUUAAUGAGUGCGCAAUCAUUCCACGAAUUACAGUAGCGUAAUCUGUAAACAAUAGGGAUACGAUGAGUUUUACGAUAUGUUAAUUUCUGUUAUUAUAUUUACACGUACUUAGGCUAUGAGAGUGUAUAAAGAGUUCGGGUUAUUAUAGUCAAAUGGAAAAUAAAGAUUGAAGUGUAUGAAGAAA